AUGGAGACCACAAAUCAAGCCAGCGCGGCUGGUACGUCUGCCUCCCUAGCUGCCACAGCCUUGCCGGCCGUGGCCACGAUUGAGCCUACGGUAGUAGCAAACGAUCCGAACACUGUUGUCCCAGCCGAAGACGACAAUCACGAUUCUUUGGCGGACAUAGAGAGCGUAACGACUGAGUCAACUGCUUCGCUUGCCGAGAGUAUCACAGAAUACCGCAGGAUCCAUGGCCGUACUUACACGCAAAAGGCCGAUUACUGGGGCCCGAAUGACGAACAGCAAAAUGAAGGGCUUGAUCUCGCGCACUAUUGGGAGACCCUUCUCCUGGGCGACAAGCUUUUCCUUUCGCCACUGGGCGGCGGUACGUUGAAGGUUCUUGACUUGGGAACCGGUACUGGCAUCUGGGCAAUGGACUUCGCUGACGAGUUCCCGUCUUCCGAGGUAACGGGCGUUGACAUCUCACCCAUUCAGCCGGGGUGGGUGCCGCCCAACUGCAAAUUCCAAAUCGAUGAUGUCGAACAGCCGUGGACAUGGACACCUGAUUUUGAUUUCAUUCAUCUCCGCCACAUGGAAGCUUGCAUCUCCGACUGGCCAGCUUUCUACAAGCAAAUAUAUGAUCACCUCAAGCCUGGCGGAUACUUCGAAAUGAAGGAUUUUGACAUUGAGUUUCGCUCCCAAGCGUACGGGGAUAGUCUCCCGGAAGACCAUGUCUAUCGAAGAUGGGGCAAGAUCUUCUUCGAGGCUGCAAACCGUCUUGGCAAGUCAAUGGACCAGUCCCGAGGUGGGCACAAGAUCGCCGAUGCCAUGAGAGACGCCGGUUUUGUCGACGUUGUGGAGAAGAGCUGGCCUGUACCUAUCGGAGGGUGGCCCAAGGAUGCCACGCUGAAGGAAGUUGGCAUUUGCAACCUGGAGUUCCACGAUCAGUCGCUCGAGGGCUUUUCGAUGUUUUUGUUGACUCAGGUGAUGAACUGGGACACCAUAUCGGCGGGGGUGUUCGUCGCUGAAGCACGUAAAGCCCUCAAGGACCCAAAGCUUCAGACGGUGAUAUACUUGCAAAAUGUCUACGGACGCAAACCUGAGGGAACGACUUGA